AUGAACACUAAAAAUAGGGAUUUUGAAGAGAUAAAUUUAUGGGAAGAUGACGAUGUAAACGCAUACAAAGACGAUAAAAGCUCCAACACGUAUAGCAAGAAGAGUGGCAGCAAUGCGAAAAAGACGACGAAGAACGAAAGGUCGAAUUUCACGUCAAAUGAAGACAAGGACACCUUCCACGUGAAGGAUCUUCCUAGGAGUAACAAUAACGUGAAUAUAUAUUAUGGCAAUGAAGAAGACGUCAAUGACGACGAUGACAUUUUUGGGAGUGGACAGAACACUUUCCUGAAUAAGGAUUUAACAACGGUUAAUUUAAGUGACAUGAAAAGGGGAGCAGCCCCCCCCCCAGGUGUAAGCAAUUCAAAUGGAAUGGCCAAUUUUGAUGGCAGUCUCAGCGUAGCAGCAUAUAACGGAUAUGAUCUAAACAACAACACGGGUAGCCCCGUUAACUUUUGGACUACCCAGGGUGUAGCUCAUCAGAAGAUAAUCGGCGCGAAGGGAAGCGGAAAUCGAAGCUACCACAGCAAAAACAACGACAUGUACCAGCAGGGCGCCCCCCUCGAACAAAAAUUCAAUGCUGGACAAGUGCACGAAAUGAACUUGAGAAACAUCCCGAGUGGAAAAAUGAACAUAAUUAAUCUAAGCGACAACGAAAAUGACGACGAUUUGGGGGUUGAAACGGCGUCGAGAACCAGCCUUGAGGUCGGAGAAAACAACUCGUUCGACUUGUUACCCUUUUCUAAAAGUCUGCACCGAAUCAGAACAAAGCUGUUGUGCUACUAUGACGUGGACAGCGACGUGAUCAUAUACAGGUGCAUGUGCGCGCUGCUGCCUUACCUGAACGUGGACAAGUCGUACGAUUCCAUGGACAGCUUGAAUGAUAUUGAGAAGAACGCGAGAGAGGCUAGCGCCGGGCGCAGUCACAAAGACAAGCACAAUGAAAAAGUGGGGGGUAACAAUUACAGCAGCAAUGAUGGUGUUGCUAGUGCGGACGAAAACGAAGACGACGACGAGAAUGCGCAUAUAAGAAAAAUCAGCAACGUGCAUGACGCCUUCGACUACUAUGACGACAAGCUAAGCAUAGACAAGAACCCAGACCUGUAUGGAUUUGUAUGGGUAAACAUCUUCAUUUCCUUCACCAUUUUUUUUUUUUUUAAUUGGAGGAAUAUCUUUUUCGGCGACUCCUCCGAUGUUGAUUUUACCAGCCCAGAUGGCACCACCUUCAGUAGCGAAGAAAUAAACAACCAAGCAUACAUCACCCAGAACAAAUUAAACAUUUUCUACACCAAUUUAAUUUGUUUAUAUCUUUUCAAUACGCUCACCCCUGUAUCAAUAUACGUCACAAAUUUCAUUAUCACGAAAAGGAUAUUUCCAAUGAGGUUGUCCUUUCUCAUUUCCUUAAUGAGUUAUAACAAUAUAAUGUUAUUCCCGCUCCUCUUGUUUUACAAAUUUACCUUGAUAAAAACCAGUUUGUCAUUUAUUCUCUUCCUUUGUAGUAUCCUACGUUUUUUUAUUUUUGUCUACUAUAUGAUGUCCUCCUUAUUUUAUAUACACAAAUACACCAUCCGCACUUUUCACAAUAAUUUUUCCGAUAACGUCAUUUAUGCGUACUAUGGAAUUUUUUCCUUGUCCUACCUUUUGUUAUACCUUCAGUUAAGGCGUUACAUAUUUAAUUAUUUGUGA